AUGGUGGCGGUCGUGGCCAUGAUAAGGGAAAUUGCCAAUCCAUUUCCUAGGUGGUUAUUCUUCAAUGGAGGCAUCCAGGUGUAUGUGGUGUUUGAUGAAUUAGCAACCACCAACUGGCGGCGACCCCAUCGAGCUGCUUCUCGAAAGGUGCGGCAACGGGCAGAGGAGAGCAUUUUGAAAGCGGCCCUCGCUACACCUAAGCACAUCGAGAACUCUGCUCAACCAUCGCAGCCUGCCGAGAACAUUGCCGACCUGGCCAACCCGUCUGCUGACCUGCCUGCCUCAGGUGCUCAAGAUAAACACCCUCCAUCACAAUCAACUUCUCAGGAUCCGAAAACAAAACGCCGUAAGUUGACUAAAGGAAAUGACUCUAACACCAAGAAAACCAAGCAGUCGUCCAAAAAAGACACCGGCUCCAAACCUGUGCUAGAGCAACUAGACCCCUUUGCUGGCAACUCUGACGCUAGCUCGGCCGCCACCUAUCUGCUUUCAAUAUUUCCAGAAGAAGAAACUUCAUGCUGGAAAGACAGUCAAACUCGAGCCUCGGUCACUCUGCACAACCUGCUGAAGGUAUCUUCAUCUCCGCAUCCUGUACUUUCUUAA